CUCUCUCAGUCGGGGAGAGAGGAUUCUCGGUAACAAGCUGUAGCUUAAUGUGGCCGUCAUUUUUCAUCAUCACUUCAGUGACGUUCUCUUCCUUUUUUUUCUUUGUUUUCCUGCUGAAUUAAACAUCUCUGCCAUCCGUGUCCGAGCUGACAUCUACUAUAUAGAAGCUAUUGAGGUGUAAAGGUAAUGGAAAAUAACUUUUAAGGCUGCUAUCAGGGCACCUUUCUCUUUUCCAAUCACUUUGGAUUGGAUUGCUUGUUCAAAGAGUGCUCUACAAUGGACAGAUUUUUGUUGUAGUGGAUGACUCAUUUUGGUUAUUUCCCCCUUGAGAUUGCUGGAUAUAGAUUUUUUUUUCUUUUGUUCCACCUGCGUGCUUCACCUCUCGAUACACUGUAAGACUGUUGGGACUUUUAUGGAGUGUGAAAUUUUUGCAGCAAGUGUGAAGUUUGGGGGAGCAAAGUGAAACAAAGCAUGGUUGAUGGAACAUCAGCUGAGUGUUGAACCAUUCUGUCCUGGGAGGCAGUACAGAUAUGACCACAGUGUCCAUGGAACCUGUAGGAGUCCUCGUGGAAAGGGGCGCCAAUGCCACUGACCCACCUCUGAACACGCAUGAGGACUCAGCUGCCACCUUUACCAUUGGAACUAUCCUCUCCAUCAUGUGUUUCGUUGGAGUCUCAGGAAACAUCUAUACCUUGGUGGUCAUGUGCCAUUCCAUGAGGACUGCUGCCUCUAUGUACAUCUACAUCAUAAACUUAGCUUUGGCAGAUCUGCUCUAUCUUCUCACCAUACCCUUUGUAGUCUGCACUCACUUUCUUCAGGGAUGGUACUUUGGAGAUGCAGGGUGUCGGAUUCUCAUCAGCAUGGACUUCCUGACCAUGCAUGCUAGUAUCUUCACGCUAACAAUCAUGAGCACUGAGCGCUACUUUGCUGUGCUCAAGCCACUGGACACAGUCAAGCGGUCGAAAAGCUACCGGAAGGCCAUCGCUCUGCUGGUUUGGGUUGCAUCGCUCAUCCUCACCCUACCGAUGAUCGUGAGAAUUCAGCUGAUGACAUUGGGCAACAAGGCCAUGUGUCAAACCACCUUGUCACCCCUCUCCUAUAAGGUUUACAUAUCCUUCCUGUUUUGCACUAGCAUAGUCGCUCCUGGACUGAUUAUAUGCUAUCUCUACAUCCAACUUGCGCGCACUUAUUGGGUUUCACAGACGGAGACGUUCAAACAGACCAAGAAACUUCCCAAUCAAAAGGUGCUGUACCUGAUAUUCACUAUCGUGCUCCUCUUCUGGGCUUGUUUCCUGCCCUUCUGGAUCUGGCAGCUGCUGAGCCAGUUCCACCCUUCAAUGUCCCUGUCCACCAAAGUCAAACGAAACAUCAACUAUCUGACCACAUGUUUGACGUAUUCCAACAGCUGCAUCAACCCUUUUCUGUACACACUGCUCACCAAGAACUACAAGGACUACCUGAGGAAGCACAAGCGCUCCUGGACAGCUGGCAGCUACUUCAACAGGAAGAGUCGCUUCCAGCGUUCCCCGCGCAGGUCGCCAUCUUCGAGCAGUCAGCAGUGCACUGAGAGCUUUAUGCUUACGCACACAGCAUCCCUGCGAGCACACAACAGCAGUUUGUAAGAUGUGACUGAACUGUGCUGGGAGAGAAAGUACAAGAAGAACCUGUUGGAGAUGCAACAAACAGCUGCAGACCCUGAACUUCUCUUCACCACAGCCAUGAAAGAGAGUGCUGAAGAUUGAAACUGUUUGUGUGUUUGCAGUCUAAUCUGUGAGGACGCACGAUACAUGAACAACAGAAAGAACUGAAUGAAAAGCUGCUUGCUGCUGUUAUGGACAAAAAAAGACACUCGGUCUACGUUCACGUGUAGCUUGGUUUGCUUUCCCUUAUGUUUACUGUCCUUUGCCCCCAUGAUGCAUUGAGUCAGGAACAACAAAGCGGUGAUGCACAGGUGAGGUAAGACCAGUGGUAGGAUUUGAAAACCAAAGGGGAAAUAAUAUUGUGAUGUCACCUUAUAGCUGGAGACAAAGUAAGUGUCUGGCAUGUUAAUAUUUAAAUCAGAAGAGAUUGCAUGAGCAGCUUCAGUUUUGUUUAUCCACUUUCUUUUGAGGACAUCUUAGUGUCUGUGUUUGACUGAUAAGGCACGGCUCAGCAUGAGAAAAAAAACAAAAAAAACAGGCACCUCAUUCAUUUGAAUGGGACCAAUACGUCUCUCUGUGAAAAAAAAAAAAAAGGUAACGUUGUUUGACUAAGAGCCAUCACACGUGCGAGGCACAUUCAUGAUCACUUGCUACCACACACAUGCACAACAUGUCCUCCUUUUUAUGCUGUGCUAUUUUUCCACCACAUGGAUUCCCAGGACAAACAACAAACUGAUAAAUAAUACAAUCUGAGUUAAAUACUUUUAUGACUACAUAAACAUGUUGGCAAUAACGUUGAAUCUCAUCAUGAUUCACAUCCAAUGGAAAAGUCCAAAACCAGAGAUGAAUAGAUCCUAGUUCUGCGUCCAUCCAUCCAUUUUCCUCCGCUUAUCUGAGACUGGGUUCGGGUAGGCAGCAAGCGCAGUAAGUCAGCCAAGACAUCCCUCUCCCCAACAACGUUUUCCACAAAGCAUAUUAGCCCUUAAGAGACCUCCUAAGGUGAAAACCUGUUAGGCGUUGUGAGGACUUUUAAGAGUUUCUCAAGCUGAGGAAGAAGUGAAGAAAAGUUCUCCUAACACUGAAAGAAGACUCUAAUUGAAUCAAAGUCUGGCUGAACGGAUCAAAACAUAAUGUAUGCAGAAAUGUCUUCAGCUAGGUUAGCAUGGUGGAUCCCUCUAAACGUGAUAUACUCCUCAGGUGUAUCUAAUCACUGAUGAAGGGCCUUUCACAUGCAAAUAUAAUGCAGAGGUCAUGUGUUUACAAUCAUAUUGUAGACUACUUCUUAUUAUGGUUUAUAAUUUAUUCAACACAGAUGUUAAUUUCAUAAAAACGUGUUCCUCAUCACAAAUUCUGACUUGAUUCUAUGAUUAGUCGGAUCGAUCUUACUGUCCUUCUAUGCCCAUUAUCACUCAGAGAGCAUGAUCAUUCAUUGUCUUUCUCUUUUUUCGGCUCAACCAAUCACAGCUUUUGAAAGAAUGUGUCAUACUAACAGCAGCAACAGGGUCAACCUCGCCUCCUUACUAAGAUAAAAGUUUCUGUCCCUCUCGCUCAGAUUUGCUCUGAGAUUGUUCCUAAAUCACUCCUGAGAUAAAAAAAAAUCCUCCUAGGAUUGUUGAAGUGAAGUUAGCAGCUCUCCGAGCGUAUUCUCAGGAUGUUUGUGAAAACGGCCCCGGAUCAAAAUGAAAUGAAGAAGUAUCAACAUGACAAUGUUUAUGACGUACACUGGUAUUAUUAAGUGUCAUUUCACAUAAUAUUGAAGGAACAUAAUAUGACAUACAU